CAGGGCCAACGGCGGGCAGCGGUUGAAAAGUGUCUGUGGGUGGGCGAUGGAGUCGGGAGCGGUGCAGAGUAUGGGUUAUGAAGCAGAUACACGUAUUCUUCAGGAGCUUGGUAAUUCCUGCAUGAAGCUUGGACAGCUAGCACUUGAUAACUUCCAUGUAACACCAGCAGUUGGUCAAGAAAAUCCUGUGGUAAUGGACUCCAUUCUGCAUCUCAUGUGGUUAAAGGAUCAAGUAAUCCAACAAACAGUGGAACUGGAGACGAGCGUAAAAGCUUGCGCAGAAACCAAUACUGAGGCUAUAUCAGAAGACAACCUAAAAGAAGUGAUUCAAGAGCUUGAAAAGGAAUUAGAAGAUGUUUCAGUAUCUUUCCAGCACAAAACCAUGGCUCUUCACAGGCUUCAAUUCACACAUGCAAUCCGAGAAGCAGUGCAGAUGAAUGAUGAAGAAGGGAAGUUGAUAAUGAAAACAAUCAAGCACUCUUUAGAUCUUUGUUUUGAGAUUCAAGCAACUCAGAAAGAAGUUCACAAUUUGGAGAAUGCAGUUCUUGAAGUUCAAAAGCAGAGGCUAAUGUUAAAACGGAAGAUGCAAGGUGUAUUGCAGGACAUGAGAGCUGAAAAGAAAAAACAGCAACAGUUGCUCCAACAACUGGAGAAUGAGCUUCCAAAACGUGGAGAAAAAAACUUGCUGGAGCACGUGAAGAUGGUGACAUUGAUUCAGAAGGUUUUGCAGGGUGUUAUUCUUUCCAGUGGAGUGAACUGGGCCAAGGAUCCUGAAUUGAAGGAAAUAGUUUUGCAGCUAGAGAAUAAUCCACUUGAUGAAGCAGAUUCAUGCAACUGAUUUUUUCCAAUUGUAUUCAGUGAUGAAGAGCAAAGUGAAGCACAAUUUAAUGUGCUAAGUAUCUAUACCAUCCCAUCACUGCCUCCUUUCUACUACAGUUGGUAAAUAGAUGUGCUGAAUAUGAAAUGUGAACAGUCCCAGGAUUUUGUUUCAAUUUUCUUUUAAAUAUACCUUUCUUUUAAAUUCAACUUUUUUGAUAUGCUAAUUUCAUGUUGUAGUGAAUUUAAACUGCAAUUGUGUUUGGUCUUCAAUUCAUAUAUAAAUAUAAACAAACCUUUUAAAUUCAUUUUUGAUUAUUAUUUAAAUUGCCCUUAUAAUAAGGUAAGAUGUUUUGAACCUGUGUCAAGUAUGAUGUGUUGAGCGAUUUUAAAAUGUAAUAUAUCUACACAUAUUUACAUUCUGCCAUCAGUGGCAAAUCCCGGUGCCUGCUGUUAAUACUGUAUGUAUAAUUUUAUCUUUGUAAUAUAAAUAAAAUGCUCAAUCCCA